GAUCUCUUUCUCUUCUCUGAACUGUGGCUCAUCUACAAUCACAGCAUGGUGAGUUCACUGUCAUCAGAAACAUGAUGAGCAGAUGUCCCGCUGUGGAAAAUUAGGCACUUUAACAGCACACUGAAUUUAGAGAUUAUUGUCGCUGGUUAAUGAUAAAGGUCCCUGUCUUUUCUCUUUUUUUCAGACAAGCUACACAGAUAAAGGAGAGAAGGUAAGAUUAAAUCUACCUCUGGAGAUGGCUUUAGUAUUAGACAGGCCUCUGUGGUGUGUGAUGUAGUUUUAAGUGUUAUCUAGACUAUUAGUCCUGCAGAGGAAGGCCUGACUCACAAUCAAGAGGCUGAACACUCUCAGAAUGAAUGUGUCAUUUUAAUCCUGUAGCAGCUUUUAUGCAAACUUUUAGAUCAAUUUAUUUCAUGCCUCUAAACCUGCUUGAGCUUCUGUGCGUCAGGACUGUCUCGCGUUGUAUUAACUACUGCACUGUAUGUUUCAUUUUUUAUUCAUAGUAACUGUAAAUCAUGUGCUGUGCUUUUCUCUUUCAGCCCGAGAGGGGAAAGUUUGUCAGGUUUCAUCAUGUCACUUUCUGGGUUGGCAAUGCAAAACAGGUCGGUUUCCAAACACUUACACAUGGUUUAUAUGGUGGGCUGUCUGUGAUCCUUUCCCCAUUGUUCAUAAUUCAGUUAGAAAGACCUUUUAAGAUUUCAGACUGAAUAUGCUGCAGGCUUUGGUGUUUUUGCUUCUGCAUUCAGACAGAUGGAAAAUCUAAGUCCUUGUGUUGACGGUGAGAAUUUACUGGAUAAAUACAAAUACAAUACAAACUGUAUGUUUAAUUGCCAAUAAAAGUGGAAAAUGAUGAUUGCUUGAGUGUUCUCCUUAGUCUUUUAAAACUCAAGCAUUCUUUUUUGAGGUCUGAAAACAAAUUGACAUUCAUUUCUGACAACAACUCGAUUUUUAAAUGCCUUUUGUUUAUGCAUAUGUGCCAAAUUUGAACAGACUUUAGCAUGUAGAGUCUUGGAAUUUCCCCCUGUGGGACUAAUAAUGGAAUAUCUUACGUGAAAUAUAUUAAAAAAUGUUACUUUUUUUGUCACUAGGGAUUGUAAAUCCCACAUUUCAGAGUGUUUGGCUGCCUUUUGAAUAUUUCCCCUUGGACUAAGCAUUUUUGAUCAAUCAAACUAUGUAUCAAUCAAUUCAUAGAGCAACAUAUUGAGAGAUAUCAUUCAGAUAAAUCUUAAUGUGCUUGACUUGAUAAUGUAAAAUUAAGCUCACAGAAAGGAAAGCACCAUAAAUCAGACUUGAUUUACUUUAAAAAACAUACUUGUCACACAGGCUGGCUCAGUGCCUUUGAUGCCUCUGGUUCAGGCGACACACAGUCAGAGUUGUGUAAUCCACAGUCGAUACUUUUCUGGCAGGAGACUCUUUUUCCUCUAAAUGUUUUUAACUCUGUCAAAGUUCAUCAGAAAUAUCCCUUUGCAGGCAGCUACUUUCUACUGUGAUAAAAUGGGCUUUGAGCCUCUGGCCUACAAGGGUCUUGAGACAGGCAGCAGGGAGGUGGUGUCUCAUGCCAUCAAGCAGGAUAAGGUAUGAGAACAGACAGACUGUGGUGAUUAAAUUAACACCAGAGUGCUCAUUAAUCCACAAACAAUUCAUUGUUUUCACCUCUCCUCCUCCACAGAUCAUAUUUGUGUUUCAAUCUCCCCUCAACCCUGGAAAUGAAGGUGAUUUUUCUCUUUGGGACACAUGAGAAUCUGUAAAAUGAAUUGAACAGCAAAGUCCUCAUUUAAUCAUGGCAUCCUAUCCUUCUUUAGAGAUGGGUGAACACCUGAUAAAGCACGGUGACGGGGUCAAAGACAUCGCCUUCCUGGUGGAGGACUGUGACUUCUUAGUCAAGGUAAGAAUGAGGAGGACUUCUUUGCAGUGUUGAUAAGCCUGUGGUUUUAGCCACAGUUUGGAGUGAAUUAGCAGUAUAAAACACAAUAAUAUACAACAGUACAUCAUGGUGAAAAACACAAAUAUGCCUGUUGAACAUAUACCUGUUGCCUUGUGGAUUAAACUUGAAAUACACUUAGCUGUGCUUAUUUCACAAAGCUGUCCAUGUGUAGGAGUUUAAGAGUUUCCAGUAUGACAUCCAAAUGUUGUAAAAAUGUUGAUAUCUAAUGUAACAUUGACAAAAUCCAAAUUAUUAUAUUCAUAUAUUUACUAAAACUCACACCUUUACUUAAGUUUCAACUUGAUUUGGAGAAUCUUGUCAUCUAAAAGUAAAAUUGCAAAUUAUCAGCAUCCAAAUACAUGUCAUGUUUGGAAAGUUAAAGUGCUCCUUUUGCACAAAGCCCAAACCAGAAAUACAUACUAUAUAUUGCAAUGGUGGCAUACAAACGAUAAUACUUUUGUAUGCUACACAAUGGAUCAAUAUAAAGAGUCAUUUUUACUGAAGAUAGGACCAUUAUGAUACUUGCCAAAACGAAGUAUGUCAAAGUGUUCUUCAAGUAUCCCAAGAAGUUUUCUUUCAAGUAUGCAUCAAGUUUACUUUUAUAAAUUAAAAUUGGGCUAACUUAAUCCCAAGUAGUUUACUUGUAAGUACACUGGUAGUAUAUUUGUAUCAGUAUACAAAGUAUACUUUGAGAAGUAUACUAAAAUAAACUUCAGUAUACUUCAUAAAAUGUAAUUGAGGUAUACUUUUUUUGGUAAGGGGAUACUUGUAAACUGAAUAAGUUAUCUGCAUUUAAAAACUGCAGAGUAAAGUCGGUAAAAGUAAAAGUGUAGUACAAAUACCUCAAAAGAGAACAGGUCAUGUAGUUGAGUGUUUAGUUACUUUCAACCAGUCUUUAUAGACUUGAUUCACUUAAAUGGAAAUAACAUGUUUUAAAUCCCCUCAUUCAAAUUCACUAAGUUUCACUAAAGUUUGAAUUUAAAUUAUCUGGAUUUGACAUCAGAGCCUGUUUCUCAUGAUCACACUACCCACACUCAGAUGUGGUAGAAUGUGUGUGUGUGUUGAAACAGAGCCUACCAUGUGGGUGGUGUGACAGCCACUUUGAUGUUUGGUGCCUCACUUGAACUCUUAACCACAGUCAAGGUCAAAUGUGGCUUUAGAUGAACUCUGUGUGUGGACCGUCAGGAGGCCGCAGAGUCACAACCCCCCCCCCCCCGACUCCACACAAGACAGCAGCAACAUCUGAGUUACCUAACACAGCAAAACAGCGCAGCAGGUGGAGGGAGAGCAACUAUUUUGUUCUGCCACUGGAGGUCCUCAGACUCAAACCUUUUGUAACACUCCUGUUUAAAAUAAACUCUCCCCUUACAGACAGCCAAGGAGCGAGGAGCAGGGGUGGUGAAAGAGCCUUGGGUGGAGCAGGACAGUAACGGGAGGGUCAAGUACGCUGUGGUUCAAACGGUACAGUAAACAAGGAUGUGCAUCUGAAACCCUCCUCAUAGAAACCAUGGAUAGUUUAUAAUGUUGGUUUCAUGUUUUGUCUGCAGUAUGGGGAUACAACACACACACUCAUUGAGUACCUCAGUCCGUACAAAGGCCUGUUCCUGCCCGGAUACAAAGAGCCUCUGUUCAGAGACCCUCUGCUAGCCAAACUGUGAGUCCGCUAGACAAAAUCCAACUUAUUCCAAUUUAUCUCUGGAAGGAAGAUCUACUUGUUUUGCGUUUCUCACCAUACUGAAUCAAAGUGUAUUUAUUUUUUUGCAUAGCGAUAAAACUUUUAGAAUUUUAUCUAACAAACUUGAAGAAAUUUCUCUCAGAAUAAUGUUGUGGAUGAUUUUGUUUAGCUUGUAGAGUAAAAUAUCACUUGAAUGGCACAAAUACAGACUAUUAGGACCAAAAACAUCUCAAUUUAAAAAGUUAAACAGACAAUUUUUUAGAUUUGAACACAUAAAACUGAACUAAGGUGCUCUGAUUAAACUUUUUCGUUAAAUUUUGGGCCUGAUUUUCAGGGAAUAAUGACAAUAGUAUGACAUUUGUUAUACUCGUAAAACAAACACAUUCCCUUGUAAAGAUAAAAGAGAGAAAUGAAAUGCAGAGGAAUAAAUUCUUCAAAAUACAAACUGGAAACUGAAUAGAUAGAAUAAAUCAAUCAACAUUUUUAAUAUGUAUAAGUAAAGAUAUAUGACAAGAGCAUAAACAGCAACAUUUCUGAACAGUAGGAUAAAAAAUCUGUCAGAAAACAAUGAGUAUAUGUCUUUUUCUAUCUUUUCUGACUUUGACUUUACAUGUAGUAAAUAUUUGAAUUAUUUACAGCCAACGGAAAGUUAAACAGUGAUUUCAACUUUGCAGUGAAAGAGUAAACCAACACUUGUAUCGAAGUGCAUAUUAGUGAUUGAAGAGAUGAACAUUUAUUGAAUAAAUGACUGAUUAAAAAAGUCAAUGUUUUAUAUUAUAUAAGUCUUAUUUUACAGUGUCUAAUGGUAAAUGAAAAACUAAGUAUACGAAUUGGUUAAUACAUGAAUAAAUUAACAGUGAGCACUUGAAAAUUAGAUAUGUAAAUUAAUAAUAUAAAUAAAUUAAUUGGUAGCUGAUUGAUUAAAUAUGUGAUAAAAUAAAACAACACUUUACCAAUUUAAGUGUAGUUUAUACACUUCCAAAUUUAAAAUCUCUCAAUUAAGAGAAAUCACAGUGUCUGUAAUCCAGUGUUCAAAUGUUAUAGUGUUUGCAUAGAAGAUUACUUGAGGUAGAAAUUGUUGCAGAUGAAAUUAAAAAACAGUUCUGCUUGACUUUUAUGAAAACAACCUGUUUAAUGUAUUUUUCCUUCUUGUUUGAAGUCCUGCAGCAGGUUUGAACUUCAUCGAUCACAUAGUGGGAAACCAGCCAGAUGAUCAAAUGGUGCCAAUUUCAGACUGGUGAGACUCCUGUCAGAGCGCACGUACGCACUCACGUACACACAGUGGACACACUCACACACAGUGGACAAACUCAUACACACACACACAGAGGACACAGGGGGUAAAAGGACAAGUAAACACUCGGCUAGUGGUCACUUCACCUCUGUCGCAAGGUGAAACAUCAUAGGUUAAGGGGCGGCAAGUCCAGUGGUGCUAAUCGAUAUAUGUUUGUUUUAAAGAUACAAUCCUAGAAAGAGGAGAUCUAAUUACAUAAUUUAAAUUUCUAUUGAUUGUCCAUUCUUUAUCUUUAUCCACUUUGUUUUUGUGUCCUUCAAAUUUCCAGGUAUCAGAAUUGUUUGCUGUUCCAUCGAUUCUGGUCGAUAGACGACAAACAGAUCCACACACAGUACAGCGCGCUAAGGUCCAUAGUGGUGACCAACUAUGAGGAGACCAUCAAAAUGCCCAUCAAUGAACCUGCAACAGGGAAGAAGAAGUCACAAAUCCAGGUAUGACUUUUCUUUCUCUCUUUGCUGUAGGACUCUCUGUUAAUCACAGGGUUUCUCCAGUGCUUUUAAGCAACUUGGAAAAGUUUCAAACUUCAACAUUUCAUGGACAAAAUAUAUAUUUUUUUCCAUUUAUUUGUCCCUGGGUCAAGAACAGAAGAAUUCAUCAUGGAAUAGACUGGUCCAAAAACUGAUUUAAAUAUAAUAACUUUUGUCCCUAUUCAUGACAACUGUUCAGGAAAUGCAUCUUUACAUUACCCACCUUUUAAGAUAAGGUUUAUCGCACAAAAAGGGGCGUGGUUACUUUUUCUGUUUUCUGUCUCUUGGACAUUAUUUUAGAUUUUGGUGUAAAGGCUUGCUGUGAAGUUUACUGGUUUAAUGGACAAUCCACAAAGUGCUCCAGCUUUUUCUGUAGUUUUCUCACAGGAAGGAGAGUCCAAAGCCAAUACAGUUCCCAGCUUUUUUAGUCAGAUGACUAUGACACUAAUGAGCUAUCGCAAUAAUAAAAAUUUUGUCUUAUGGGAAAUAGUUUCUAAAUUGCCAACUGGCAUUGACCAAGGAUGUUCCAAAGCAACUGAUUUACGAGUCAGUGAAGAGGAAAUCUUGAUUUCAAAGCACCACUAGCCUUCAAAUCUAACAUGCCUUGAUAAUGCAAUUGUGGAUAGGUCAUGUAUACACAUCAAUCAAAGUGAAACUAUUCUGCACUGACCCAAGGGUUUGCAUGCUGGGUUUUGAGCCUGGAUGAAUGCAUUGCUAGCAAGCUGGGUAGUUAACAAAACCUUCACAGACGAAAAAAGGUUGAAAGAAGACUAAACUUUUCUUACAAACGGCACAGAGCUGUAAAAGUGUUUUUUAUUGUUUAAGGUAUAUUUUGUUAGUCUCAUGCUAACGUGUUUUGCUGGCUAUGUCAACCAGGAGACGACCCAAUCGUAACAAGAUGAAAGGGGACAUGUUAUCAUCAUUAGCAGAGCCAGACAUGCUUCUGUCAGUAAUCCAAUUUUUGUCCAGUGCGUAUAAACUGAGAUAAGGAAAGUAGUCCAUUUAAAUCGCCUAGUCGAGCUUUAACCUGCAGCUCAAGCUUCACUGCUCUCUGUCACCGCCUUCUUGUCCAUGAUCACUCCAGGCUCAUAAACAUCAUCAUGGUGACAGAACAAUGUCUAAGCGAGGCUUUAAAAAGCAGCUAACAAACUAAUGGGUGACUUUGUGGUGGCUACAUUUGUUAGUUAUACAGACUGUGUUCAAACUUGGGCCAGUGGAGAAUCAGUACAUUUUUAUAACCCUCUUUUCUGCCUUGUAGGAAUAUGUGGACUAUUAUGGAGGUGCAGGUGUUCAGCACAUUGCCCUCAACACGUCGAACAUCAUUCAAGCUGUGAGUCUCCUUCAUUUUAUAACUUUCAAAGUUAAUAUACAGACUUGAACCUUAUCUUUUUAACACCCCCCCCCCCCCAAACUGCAAGCAAAGGCAAGUUUUAGAUCCUUCUUUUUUUCCUCUUUUUGUCAUAAAACAGAUAGUGAACCUGCGAGCCCGGGGGAUGGAGUUCCUCGCAGCGCCUGACACUUACUACAAAAGCCUGCGGGAGCAACUCAAAAGCGCCAAGAUCAAGGUGAAGGAGGACCUGGACCGUUUACAGGUGAGGAGACAUGUCAUUUCUGCAAGCCUGAAACCAUUUUACCUGUACCUAAAAACUACCUGUAUUUUGUUUCCAGGAGUUGAAAAUCCUAGUUGAUUUUGAUGACAAGGGCUACCUCCUCCAGAUCUUCACCAAACCUGUGCAGGACAGACCGACACUUUUCCUGGAGGUUAUUCAACGGAACAACCACUAUGUAAGUCUCAGAGAUCAGUUGAAAUAACUACUAGUUUGGCCUUUAUGUCUUUGUGAUGGGGUUUACAGGCCUGUACUCCUGUUUCUUAUACCUUAACUAUCUUUAAAAAGCAAAAAUAUAGCUGCCUGAACACCUGUUUCCAGCUCCCACCCAGAGCGAGCAGUAGAAGAGCAGCCCACUUGUAAAAGCUCAGUAAAUCUAUCACAGAAACAGAUUAAAAGGCUUCACACUUCACAGCAAGGGGGGUGUCUGGAUUGGGUUCCACCCUGUAGCACUUAAUUUAUAACAUUCCUCUUGUCAAGACAGGCACAUUGUGUCACUCAGCAGCAUUUCUCUGAGUCUUUACAUGUGGAUACAAUGCACGAAAGUGGGAAACUGACUCUGAACCACAGCAAAGAGCCUCUCAGAGCAACCACCAACACUUGAUCUUUUGAUUAGCUAUGAAAAUAUUUACAUGAUUAAUCUGCAAGCCCCUGGUGAGAAUAUUUAUCUGCCAUAAUACCACAUCAAAGAGUUCAACACCCUGAGCAGUGUCUGACUGAAGAUCCCCCCAGUCAUAACAAAUGACACAGAGAAGGUAGAUCUUUGGUAAUUAGCCAUCUGCGUAAGUGUGUUUGCUCUCCCUGCAGGGCUUUGGGGCAGGAAACUUCAAGUCUCUCUUUGAGGCCAUUGAGAAGGACCAAGACGCCAGAGGCAACCUCACCGUGACGACACCUGAAGGCCAGGCCAAAGCCUUCUACUGAUCAUCCCGCUACUGCUGCUGCCAAGUGCACCUAGAUUUUUAGACAUACAACUGUACAUUUCCGAUCAAUAACACCCAUUACUUUAAAAACACAAACAGAUCAGGCAGAUAGUGCUGUCAGGUAUGUUUCAAGUUUGCUGUAGAUUGCAGUCUUAAUAAAGAAGCCAAAGCUCCAGUUGUGUUUUUGAUUUACAAGAACAUGAGAAGAUUAGUCCUGGUGUUGUGUUUUUGUGCCAAUACCUGAUUUUAGUUUUCUUUUUUAACAAGACGGUAUGCAAGUAAAUACACACGGACAAGUAAGCAAGGCCUGUGUAGUUGUUGUCAAACCUGCCACCUCUCAGAUAGCUGCUUCCAGGUGUGGAUCCCUGAAGGGGCCUUCACUUGCAGAGCUAGAAAUGUUCUUGACUUAGACUGAGCUUUUGAGUUACCGUAAUGUACUAGAAAUUAAAUUCUACUUUAUUUUUGAGUGUUUUAAUAUUGGAGAAUGGAGCAGAUAUUCAGAUUGCUUUGAUAUAAUGAAAUGGGAAAGUUUAAAAACAGUAAGAGAGGAAAUUCAAGGCAGACCAAAUUAUAGUUGUUGGCAAAGUAACUUCACAGCCUCAAGGUUCACCAUUAAGUUCUCUUAAGUUUCACAUAAACAAACACUGGGGAUAUUUCUGUAAUUAUGUGAUAUUUUCUCAAAUUUGCAUUUUCUGUCAUAAAAUUGAUUCUGUUGAACUUCUUGGCAACUUGAUUUCACCAAACUCAGCUUAAGAUUUCUUUAAAAGUGAAAAUCAUGUUCUAUUGUGUGAGCUGUUGAAAAGAGAAAGCUUACAAUGCAAUUUUCAGUUCAUUUAUUAUUUAGCUCAAAAUGUCACAUGUCAAGAUGACCAGUCUUUUUUGCCACUGCCAUCUCUGGACACUGUGAAAGACAUUAAAGGACAUGGAGGUUGAAGCAGAGUGGAAAAGUGGAGGUAACUGCACACCAGCUGCUCCCUUGGUUUAGCAUUUAAAAAGCCUUAAUUACACCCUUAUUAAAGGCUUAUUACAUUUGUUACUCAAGCCUUUAUUAAGCCUCUCUACACCUUUUAUAAAGUCUUUAUACACCAUUCAUAAAGCAUUUCUUAGGCCCCGAUUACUAACUUUACUAAGCCUUUACUAAAAGGAUCUAUAGUGCUGUUGAUAAAAUCUUUAUUCACUGAUAAUCAACAUCCAAAGUUUACCUUUAUCACACCUGUAUUGAAGCUUUUUUGAAUUUGUCAAACCUGGUUUAGUUUCUUCAUGUGAAAGGAUGCUCUUAAGAAACUUUGAGGAUGAAAUAUCCUCCUUCAACAAUAACAAAAACAACAAAAAAACUGAAAAAUAAAAUCAAAACCAGCCCAGAGCUUUUAUUUCAAAAUAAUUUAUUUGCAUAUAAUUGGAAUGAAGACAGGUUGAUACAUCUGUGAUGGCACUGCUCAGUUUCCUCAUAGAAACAUUCAGUCUAUACAGACAGCACUCUUUCAAACCUGGACAAAAUGGAUAAAUAUAUUAGUAAAUAAAUAUAUUAGUGACAUGUCACUAUAUUGAAAUGUUCUAUCAUAUAUAAAAUACAACACUAUUUCAUUUCUGUUUCUUUUGUUGUUCUCUUUUUGUACACAAAGUAUCCAAAAUAUACUGACUCAUCCCUUACAGUUCAGGAGGGAUUUUUUUUUACUCAUAGAAAAAGGCAGUUUCAGCUCAUUAUUCUUACAAAACAUAACAAAACAAACACAAGAACAACACAAAGAGAAAGAUCUUGAACAGGAUAAAAUCACAUCAGAUUUUCUGCAGCAUCAUUGAACGCUUUUCUGCAUGUGCUGAUGGUUUUGGGCUUGUUGUUAAGAUAAUACUUUUAAGUUUUAUGUUUGAUUUCAAUAUAUAAACUCAGCCAAAGCCAAAGUGCUGCUCAUUAUUCAGUCAUUUCCAUCUCAGUCUCUGCAACAGUUCAGGCACGGAGAAAAAUAAAAGAGGGAACCCUGAAAAUUAAGUGGAGGGACGCUGUGUUGACACAUUCAUAGUGAGGUAUUAGUGAGAGAGACUGCAGGUGAACAUUUCUGUCUGAUUGUCCCGAACAUGAAGUCUAAAAUGGUUUUCCAUUUGAUACAAGCACAUCAUUGAAAGCACAUGAGAUUCUUAGUUGUAAGGGGGGAGGGUGAAGCAGGGCAAAAGGCACAGCUUUUGCUAUGUUUAAGUUCACUUAGUUCAAGAUUUUGCCUCUUUGGUUUGACAGGUAAGAGCUUAAGAGUGCUGGGAGGUUCCUCAUUCAGGUUUAUAAAGGCCUGAAUGAAUAAGGCACAUGUUUAGUAAGUGCUACUGGUUAUACUGACCAUUAGCUUGAUGUCUGCUGGCGGCAUUAAGACAAACUUUAUCUAAAGACUGCCUGCUUUCACACUGGAGAUGAUUUAGUCAGUGAACUUUUGCUUGGUUAAAGUGUUUAGAGUAAUUAUAAAGAAAUAUAAAGACUGACUAAAUGGGAUACUAUGAUGGGAGGAAACUGAGAUUGAGAUCUUUAUCUGUUCUCUACCUAUUGAGAGAUGGAUCAUCUUUUUUUUUUUUUUAAAUGUAUAUGAAUUAAAAUGACUGUUGUUUGAGUUUGAAAGACGGAUCUUUUCUGAACGCUAUUGGAUUGAAAAUUUAGGACAACCAUGCUUUAAAGGCACUGAGGAACUUUUAACUCAUUUUGAAAUAGUCUCACUCUUAUACUGACACACUUCAUGACCCAUGUUGUAAAACAAAAUUACAAACAAUAAGACUGUUUAUUUAGCACCUUUGUUUGGGUCAGAUUUUCCAUGGAAAGGCACUCACCCUUAAGUGUCUGCAUGCAUUGCUGGUGAAGUUUGGCAGUGAGAUGUGAUCUAGCAACAUCUGGUGUGUGAAUACAUUACUGCUCUUUGAGGACCGAAGAGUUAAACCUUAAUCAUAUCUAUAUCAUAGGGACAUUUACUGGGACACCAGAGUGCAAAGUAGGACACUGGGGCUGUGCUGGGUCAGGUAAUACUGGUAUGUCUGGUCACCUUUUGUAAGCCGUAAUAAAUCAGAGGUUAUUAAGUUCUGCCUUUGGUUAUUGUAAGCAAUUUAGGUAGUUACUAAUCACUGUUUUCUCAUCGCUGUGCAUCCUGCAAAUGUUGUCUUAAAGAAAGAAAGACAGGAUUAAAGAGAAGACGUGUAUUCUAUGUAUGUUCUCCCACAGCAAAUUCAUGCUUCAGUAAGAACCACAUCUACAGACAUUAGGUGAUGGUGCACAUGAAAAAUGAAGUUUCCUGAUUUUGUUCCUCAUCAUAAGACACCUCCUCACAGUGCCUUUAAGCAUUUUGAUUGUAGCUAAUUUGAACUCUUUUUUUCGUUAUUUUCCAGUGUUUGAUUAUUCCUGAGAAACCUCUCAGGCUCUACACACUAUACUUUGAAUCGUGUCUAAUGCUCACCAAGCUUACUUGAAACUUAGGCCGCCUAACCUAACAUGGCUUUAAUCCAGUUAUAGAAUUAUAGAGGUGCUAUUUUUUCUCUAUAUCUGCCAAGUAGAGCAUUUCUCUAAAGCUUUAAAUGCUGGAACAUAAGAGGGGAUAGGAUUCUAAGAUACAACAUGAAGGGUGAACAGAAAGAGGUCUGUUUAUUCUGCACUGAAUGGGGCGUCAAACAUGAAGAGAACUAGGCAAUAGCUUGUAAUGGUGACCACAUAAUUCAGUCAAACUGGUUCAUUUUGAAAAAUGAAAAAUAAAAAUGAAAAACAAAAAGGCAGGAAAUGAUCCUGACGACAAACAAACAUGUUGAAAACAGCUGCCAUCCUUGAAGUAAUGAAAACAAGGCCCGUGUGAGGCUCAGCAGCCUCAGUGAAUGCUCGGCUGAACUUUGAGGGGCUGAACUUUGAACUUUCUCUCCAUUUUUAAACUUUUGAUGAGUUUAUGGGAGCUACAUUGUUGUAAAAAGUAAGAAAAUAAAAAUAAAAAAAUCACUACAGCAGUACCUUUAAAGCCCCCCUGUGUGAGGCAUGUUAAGAAAUCUGAGCUGAGGUAGGCUGGAGAGAAGAGCUUCUCGACGGAAGACAAAGAUCACGCUAAUGAAGCUGAGUACCUCUAUGUUCAUCAAGUUAUUGUGUGAUGGGCUGAGAAAUGCAGGGAUGGAGUCUCACUUCAUUUGAGCCAAAAACCCAAAGCAAGGAUCAUUCAUUGGAGCAUGUGGUAAGAAUAUUCUUCUUUUUACUUGUAAUAAAAAAGCCCGAAAUAUCUUUUUCCUCUUUGUGGUGUAAAGUUUUUUUCUCCAACAACUCCAAAGAAUAAAGAUUAUUACUGUAUGCUGAAAAUAUCAUAAAGGGCCUGACACUGUUCUCAAAUUUUACCCUGAUUCAUUGAUACAUAUAUAUUUUUGUUUCUUUUGAUGGUUAACAUGAUCAAAGUUUAAAUAGCCUUUUAAUGUGUGAGCAUGGGGGAUGCUGGGCCAUUUAUGGCAGGUAAAUGUGGAAGACAUGAGGAAUUAGCCAACAAGAGGCUUGUCCAUUCUGGCUCCUGUAGCAGCGUGAUGAUGGGGGAUGCAUUAAGUCCUCACACUCCGGACUCCUCUUCUGAUCCUGUGGACACAAAAACAACAAAACUUUAGAAUAAAUAAAGACGACAAACGCCAUAAAAAUAUCUUCAUUUUCCUCAAUAUGAACAAAGUGCAAAACAAAUUAAACAAACACAGGCUUUCAAUGUACUAUCAGGGAUGAUUUUUUUGUUUUCCUCUUCUUUUUUCUUUUUCUUUGUUCUAUUAUUAUAAUAAUAAUUAUCUUAUUAUUGUAAUUAUUGUUUUGUCAUGACACUUACUUUUUCUUCUUUCAUUCUCUCCUCAACAAUUAUUACAAUUUAAAAGGGGGGAUAACCUAAUACUCUGAUUAUGACAGCACUUUUUAGGGUUUUGGGUCCCUGGUCAGCCCUUGAAAUCAACAGUUUUUCCCCCUGUUUGGUUUUUUAUUCAGGCUUUCACUGUCUAUGCAGAACCCCUUAAGAGGGAGAGCUUUUACAUGACAUUUAACUCCACUUUUGUGUCAAUUAGAACAAUAUUGUCCUCCUUAAAAUAGUUUUCUGGUCUGUCAUGAUUGGGAGCAAUUAUUCAUAUCCAAAAAUACUAAAAUUUUUGCAGUAUUGUCUACAAGGUCUGAAUGCCUGUAGGUACUCAGGGCAAAAACCUCUAAUAUGUAGACAGUUUGUGUGAUUAUAAACCUAGCCGGCUAACUUCUGUUUUAGCACUAACAUUACUUUUCUGACAAGUUCGCUCCCAUAGGCUAAGCUCAAGUCCCCAAACAGACUUCAGCAUAUUCCUCAGCAGUACAUCCCUCAGGGCUUAGCUUUACUUUUAUGUAUUUCUCCCUCAGUCUUGCUGGUGACUGAAACUAUGUACCACCAAAUUAUGGCUUCAAUCUGACAACAUGAAAUUAUGUCUAUAAAAACAAGCAAAGAUACACAAGAAGUCAAAUGAAGACAUGAGAUGUAAACAGACUCCAAGACAAAACAAACUUAUUUGUUCCUGAUAAAAAACGAUCAAAGACCAGAUUUUGGUUCAUUUCAUCAGCAGGUAGGUUAUUCUGGUUGAAGUUUGCAUGAUUGCCUGACAGAUCAUCCAACUACUCUUGAUUCCUGUCCACUCACGAUGCCCUUUGGUGUUGUUGCUGUGUUUAAAUAUAGUAUCUCCCUCUGAAGUGCUAAAACCAGAAGCAAUCAAAACUAUAAAAAAAAAGAAGACCAGAGGAAGGAAGUGUCACUUUAUGGAGGACAAACAAGUGGGACACCCACCCUGAUUGUGGUGUAAAGUUUGGCAGUACAAACAAAUGUCCGUGUUGCGCUCAGCAGCAGCAGCAGCAGCAGGGCUGUGGUGAAACCUGCAGGCUGGUCUGUCCAUAGAGGUCCCUGGCCCCAGGAGCUGAGGCUCUGAGCGGGCCUGCUGCACCCGCUUCUGCCACACAACAUGGGCCCCAGCACAACAGGGCCAGUCCUCCAUACCUCCAGAGUCCAGGAUGAGAGGCACAGGGAGCAAGGUGGGGUGCAGCUCAGGAGGGGAGCGGCAGAAACCAGGACCCUGACCAUAGUGGAUGUGGAUGCUACGAUCAUCCUGCAGGUCCAGACUCUGGUGAAAGCGAACAGAGGGCCCUUCAAAAACACAACCACCAACUCGCCCCAAAGGGGCUGGAGGGAGUGGGUGUCCCUGGUGGCAGCAGUGGGGCUGGAGCUGUAAAGGGAGGGGGGACAUAAGGACAGGAGGUCCUGAGGGGGUGCUGGGGUCAUGGUCCUGACAGUCUGUCCCAGGACUAGGCCGGUCUGUAGGGUCUGGCUUUGGACACUGGCAGGGGCUGUGCUUGGGAGGGCCCACAGGAGAGUCUUUGUCCAGGACCAGAGGAGAUGAAGCAGCAGGAGGAGCAGCAGUGGCCCCCUGCUCCUCAUCUGAGGCCCUACUCGGACCCUGGCUGUGCUCCCCCUCCUCAUAGUGGUGGUGUCUGUGCUGGUGGUAGUGGAUGUGGCUGAAUACAGUCUGCUGCUCCUCAGGGCAGCCUGCUUUGUUCACCACAGAGUCCAGAGACCUGGGCCGGGCCUGUGUGCAGGCCUCUAAGCUGCUCCUACGAGGAGCUCGCCCAGGCCCAGGGCCAUAAUACACAAAAGGAUCAUAGUCACUGCUCAGAGAGCUACGAAAGGUGGACCAGCUGCCAUAAACCCCCUGCAGGGACACAUCAGUACAGUUUAGAACUGAGUCACUGGAUGAUCCAUGGCAGGGUCCUGAGCUGGAGUCACUCGCUGGUCCAUCAGCUAAGUACCCGCUGCGUUCUGUGUGGUAGCUGCCCCCCGAGCAGCUGCCCUCGUCCUGCCGACCGUGGGGCGGGGCUCCUCGGGGCUGAGGUGUGGCGGAGGCUGAGUGCUGCAGCCUGGAGCUGGAUGCACUACGCUGAGCCGGGCAGGAUGAGCGGUAGUUAUGGCAGGACCGACGUGGGGUGUGGUGAUGUGAGGAAGUUCUGCAGUUAGUCCUGAUCCUGUGGGGCCUCCCGGGACCUUCUUCAGGGAGGUGGUACCCACAGGAGGGUCCAAGCGGCCUGCUGGUGAGGAAACGUACUGUCUGUGUGUCUCUGGGAGAGGAGCCGCUGUAGUGGGCCAGAGAAGGAUAAGGUCCAGAGGGUCCAUGAGGGUAGUGGGGCCUCAUGGAGAAAGGGAUGGCGUGCUGAGGGAAAGGGUGGUUACGGGGGCUGCUGUAAGGCUGACGGUGGAGGAAACCCUGGCUCUGCUCUGGACUCUGCUGGAGUCUGUUCCUCUGCUGCUGCCGCUCCGUCCCUGCAGGCCACCACAGAAAACAGACUAUUAAGCAAAAUAUUUCAGCUCAAUCAAUCACUUUAUUUAUUUAAUCCUGAUUUACACUGAUAUCAUUACAAGCAACCAAAGCAGAGAGACGAUAGAGACAUUAAAAUCCUGCAAUAGAAUCAAAGAUGGUAAAAUCUUACUGUGUUAGUUCAAUUUCUGUUUGCCUACCUUCUUCUCUGAAAUAGGACUUUUUGUUUUAUCUUUUUCGGGUGCAGGUUAAGUUUCGUCUGACCAGCAAAACUCUAUACGUUUAAUUUAUUUUUUGGUUUGCUAUAAAUAUUUAUUACAUGAGCAAGUUAAAUAAAAAAGUAUAAAUGAUCAAAAUCAUCUUUCAGUACAGCAAGCACAGGGACAUGUAAACAUUUUUAGAAUUUUACACCAUACUUAGGCCACUGUAGCUUCACUGACAGGAGGGGUGAGCAAGGGAGCGUUUUAGAAUUGGACUGAUAGAUAUUGCUAAAUAUUUUCAUUUCUACACACUCUGGCCUUACGGAGCAAACGACUUUUAAUCUUAGUUUCCUGAGAUUUACAAUCUUUUAUCUUUCAACAGACAGUAAGAGUAUAACAAGGCCUUGCUCCUUGCACCAGUCUAUACUCUAAAUAAAGACAUUCAAAGACCCUUAAAAAAACCUCUACAUGUAAAAAUACCAUGCAAUGAUGAGGGUAAGGCAGCAGAUAAAAGACAAAGUCAUGCAGACUUCAUAGAAUCAAAGUUUUUUGUCAGAACUUAACUGUAAACAUGUUUCUCCUCACCCAUGAUGUUGUGCAUGCAGAGGGGACAGGUACGGUGUUGAAGCAGCCAGGGGUCAACACAGUCUUUAUGAAACUCAUGAGCACAGGAGAUGAUCCUCAAAUGCUGGAAUAAAAAACACAAACACACAUAGAUUUGAUGAUAAAUGUUUGACAAGGACAGUUGUCUAUACAGAUUAACUGUCUUUCUUGCUCUGUGUCUUCUAACCUGGCCAUCCUGGAACUCUUCCAGGCAGAUAGCACACACAGGACUGGAGUUGGAGCUGCUGGCUGACCCCCAGGCCGCUCUGUGGCGCUGAGAGCUAGAGCAGCUUUGAGAGUUGUAGGUUUUUGUUUCCAGCCGACUAAUAGCUCGCAUGGUCUGCUGAUGGACGGAGUCCUGUGGUCAUGAGAAGCAGAGGUUAGAAAGAACUUUUAAGGAGAGAUUUCAAACCUCCCUGUGAAUCAAAACUGAAAAUGAAACACUGACGCCCUUCACUUCAACCAAAGCUGUUGCUGUGACUCACCCAGGUUCUGUUGGACUUGCACUUGUAGCGGAAAGCAAAGAUGAGGACAAUGGUCAGAAUAGCAAGGACGAUGGUGAGCAGGAUACCAACAUCAUAAUGUGGCUGAAAUAGAAAAUGAAAAGAGAGAAUAUAUUUGUUAUUAUAUAAAGCACUUGCAUGGCUAAAGCUCAAAAAUUAAGUCUUAAAGAUACAUACAGGUCUGAUGUUAUCUCAGAGAUGGCUCAGAAACAGCCCAAAACCUGAAAGCAGGUAUUGGCAUACAGGGUAGUACUGAAUGCACAACAUCUAAAGGUCCUUGAAAAUUUACCCAUUUCUUCCUCUAAAAAUCAGCAGCUUGGACAUAUGUUAUGUUUAAUUUUCCAUUUUAUCUAAAAUAUGUUUAAGAGCAGCAAAAGGCAACUUAAUCAGGUGAAUUAACAUAUUAAUGGAGCUAAAAUCACCAUUAGAGUUACAGCAGAGUUUAACAGAGUUUUAUACCAGCUAGCUAAAUGUUAGCCAUCCAUGUCUCUGUAUGCUACUACUACUACUUUUUUCGGUGUCAAACAAUAAUGUGUUUUCAAAUGUAUGUUUGUCUUGACCACUUUUUAACACAAACAGGGUGAUAUGAGGAUCCAUAUGCUAAGCUAAUGUUAGCUUAGCCUGUCUUUGUUGCCUAGCUUGAUUUGCGGUUGCUCUUAAGUACUGACAAGGCCAUGCCGUAACAGUAGCAGUCAUAUGAUAUCAUAUUAUAACAGUGUUAAAGGUAUAAAGCUGUACAAUAAAGUACAAUAAUAUGCAUAUUAUGUGACCCCACUGCUAUUAUUGAGGUAAUGAAGAUGAGGCAUCAAAAUCACAAAAGCUUGAAUGCAAACCAUGUGAAGGUACAAAUCAAUGCCCCCGCAUGUGAAAUUAUGAAAUCUAAAAGUGAGAAAAGUAUCUCAUGAAUAUAUAUUUUUUCCUGAUGGAGCUCUUUAGAAAAGCAUACACUGCAGAUAUUAAUAAUAGAAUUAUUUCAGAGUAUAGUGAAAACAUUUAACUGCAAACAUCAGAGCGAAGUGGUGAUAGGGAGGAGAGAUGACAACCAAGAGGACUAGAGGACGAUAUGGAGUCACCACAGAAAUGUUCCAGCUCACAGAAGUGAAGAGAGUUUACUUGAAAAAACAAACACAGUAAGGUACUUCAUAUCUAUUCUGAUAACAAUGCUAACCUCUGUGUUUUCUGGAGAAGUUACAUGAACCAAAUGGCAAAUCAUACUAUUAUUCUGUGAUUAUCUUCCCAUACAAGUCUAUUAAGGAUGAAUAUCUGAAAAUUGCCCACAGUUUCAAACCAUAUAACUUGGCUACAUAUUUCAAACAUGGUUGAAAAGAGAAAAUGAAUGUGCUGAAUGUUCCCAUUUCAAAAAAAGCCCCGACAGGGAAAUGACUAUCAAGGGGGGCCAGACUUGAAAUGCAUAGAAGGAGAUUGCCGUGGUUACUACCAGAAUGAAGCGUAACAAUGUUUAUUCAGAAAUUGGAAUGCUCAACUUCAAUUUUGGAAAAAUGGAUUUACUUUGUGACUCCUCUUAAGCCGGGUCUUGUUUUCAUGAUUGAAUAACUAUCAUGGAAACAAGAUCGCCCCCGUCCUGGUUAAUGAAUAGUUUGAUCUUUUAAAGCUGUAAAAUUUCCUGUUUUCAGGGGACACAUUCAUGGGUUUGUCUCUCGUCUAAGGGAAAUAUUCACAUCCAUCAUUGUUGAUUCAUCCUGAUCACGUUAAAAUAACUCAGAGCCUCUAACAGUCUCCCUGCUAACAUGACAACACAGAUGAGUUGAAGCAAUAUUGGAGUGCUCACCCAUUUUGGCUCCACCAGGAUCUCAAUGCGGACCUUGGCCUCCUCAUUCUUGUUGACCAACCCCAUCAGCUCCUCAGCAUCCUCCGCCUCCACCAGGACCACUGGACGGGGAAGAGAGUCUGUUUCUCUCAGCUGACAAAGACAAACAGACAGGAGUGUUUAAUUUCUGUGUUUUUUUUAAAUUAAAUUUCUAAAUAUUUCUGCGCCCAGACACUCACCUCAGCAGCAGCAUUGGCAUCAUCACUGACAUCGAAGAUAACGGCCUGAGCUCCUUUAUCCAGAGCCAUGCGAGCCUGAAGAAGACAGAACAGGAGACACUGUUACACACAAAUCACACAGACAAAGAUGUGACCAAGAAGGACGUUGUGAAGGGUUUUUAAGGUACAGGGGGAAACACUUUAUUUUAUAUCAAGGCUACGUAAAACAUCACUUCUUCAGAGGUCAGUUACACAGGAAAUAGAUUAUGCGAAUGCAGGAGACCACAUCAGACUGUCUGUAUCUUAAACCAUCACUAGGUGGCAGUCACAUACUGAGACUCAGACUCCACAUUACAGGCCAAAGUACAGCUCCUCUUGCCUCUUUUCCACCUGACUCUGGGACGUUCAUGCUUCCUGUGUGUGAAAUCAAAUCCUUAUACCUCAAAUUAUUUCUCCAUUUUUCAAAAUUGAAUAAGGGUCACCAAAAUGGGUAUCCAAUUUUCUGACUUCUCCAACAUACGCAGAUAAUCCCAUAAAGUGAAGAGCACUUUAAUGAACAAUAUCAAUACUGUUUACUGACGCCAGUGGUGCACAGUGGAAACAUAAGCAACAACCAACGCAUCCAGUUGUUUUGUUUUUCUCUAUUGUGAUGCAUAAAAUACAAUAUUUGGAUAACUAUUAGAUUAGAGUCAAAUAGGAACACAAUACUAGAACUAAAUAAUCCCAGUGCAGCCUGGUGGCUUUAGUAUAAUUUAAUCUUCUGCUAACUUUCCCCUUAAGUCUCUAGAAGUAAGAAACUGUCUCAAAAAAUAAAAAUAAAAUAAAAUAAAAAACAACCCAAAAAGUUGUGCAUCAGUGAUUUUUGUGUCUAAUUUAUGACUUAAAGUAUCAUUUUUAAAAAAUGUGUAUGAAGCUGUGGUUAAAACACUGCAGCAGCACCUUCAACUAUCCUGAUAAAGUUCUGAUUGUAGUAACAUGCAGCAAUCUACAAUACUGUUAUUUCACCUUUGCAAUUCACAAAUAAACGGAGAUGACUAUAAAAUGGCACGACGACAAGUGAAAACACCACAAAAUCAUAAGCACGCAGUCUGUAGCUCCUCAUUUAAGUAGUAGCUGAUUUGACUCCUGGACUUAAACUUUUCCUAAGUCUCUACUCCUCACAGUUACUGUAUCUCUUUACUGUCCUGUCUAAUAAACGUUUUAAAAAAUGUAAGAAAACUUAGAGUCAGGGGGCUUGUGGUUGUUGGACUACCUCAAUAUGUCAAGAAUCCUAGCACUUUUUACUAACACAUUUGCAGCCACAAGCCGCCUUGGUAAGCAAAGUUGAAGCAAAUAAUUUAUUAUUAUUAUGGAGGAAAUUUAUUGUCCUAGAAGUCAAUUUUACAUAAAUAAAAGCCUGUAUUUGCUAUUUUGUAGUUACAAAGUGUUGCUUAUUAACCCCUUGAGGAACAGUUGUGACUUGGAACGACCACGGCCCUCUGAUUACUCCAGAAAGAUGUGGAUCACACAUUUCAGAGACUAUAACUACAGUACUGUCGUUUACAGAGAACCUCAGACAUGUCUCUUAUUUAACAAGGAUACCCAGUGAAGCAAUAUUGAAAUAAACAAAGACCUCCUUUGACAUAAAAGAAACUGUUGCAUCAGAUCCUCCUUCUAUUCAAACACAAAGACGAGUUUGUGUUGACUGUCAUUUCAGGCUUUUUAUCCUCCAAUAGUAAUGACGUCAACACUUUUAGAGAUCUGUGUUCGCACCAUGAUUGGUAUGUUUGAUCUGACACACAUUCAGAGAGUAGAAACACCGCCUAGAGUGUGUGCAUGUACUGACCAGCUCCAUCACAACAGAAGCUGGGCUGACCUGACGCUGACUUGUGUGUCAGGUCUCUUUUUGUCACAGACGUGCUCGCGCUGCAAAACCACAAAUACUUUCUUUGGCAUCAUCAGGAAAGAAAUCGCUCUCUUUUCAUCAAUGUCUCAUCACCAGCUCUCAAGUAUCUGACAUCUGCCAACACCUAAUGAGGAAGAGACACAAGUUUAAACACCUAAUCACCCAGGUCAAACACAACACCAAACACUGAUUUCUUUCAGCCUACAGGGCAGGGCAGGAUGGCACGCAUAAGCGCACAUGCAGACAGGCGUACACACAAAAAUAUCUACAAAGAAAGUCAGGUACAGGAACAUCACUCAGCUGAUCCAUUUAUCGAGUUCAUGAAAAACUUCUGCAGCGAUGGUUUUUUAACUACUCUGAAAGGUGAAGUCAUAACAAAGGAGACACAGACAUCAACUUUACACACACACACAGCAGACCCAUCACACUCCUCAACAGGAAUUUUAAGCUGAACUGGGCACUAUACCCAUCGAAAAGAACACGGUGUGUUCCUGCUGCAGGCUGUGUGAAAACAUGGACAACACAACCGCUCCCUGGGAGUGAGGCCAAAUUUUCAGAGCUCCUUCUGCUGACUGGCUGCAGAAAAGACCCUAAAGCCUGCCUGCUUCAUUAAAGCAGAUCAAACAUUAAAUACACACCCAAUACAUUUCUUCAAGGUACGCUUUCUGUCAUAGAAGUUGAUUCUUAUCAAGCUGAUUUAUGUGUAAAUCUAUUUAUAUUCAUAAGUUUCUUUUGAGUCUGUUUUUUACAUAAAAAAAGAGGAAAUGUGAUGACCUUAAAGCUCCAUUAGUGUUCUUUGCUGGAUCAGCAGAUCGGAGGGUGAGAGGAGAGAGAAAUCAUAACCAAUACAGAAACAAAUUUCAUCAUGCUGUCUAGAAUUUGCUCUAUGGUUGACUAUAACAGCUGUUAAAUGUGUGUUUUGGUAAGUGGGUGGACGUGAUGUCCAGAACAUGUCACUGACUUAAUCUAGGGACCCAGGCUCAACAGAAGACGACAUCGUCAACAAGACUGGCACAAAAAAGGUUGUGAUAUGUAUCGAUAUCAACUGAUGAAAAAAAAAUAUUUUGAUAAACUUUUUCCUACAUCGCUCAGCCCUAGUAGUACUUUGGUAAUAUUUGUGCUGUUAGAUUUAAAUGUGCCAUUUGAAAGCAAAGUGGGGGUAUUAUCUUCUAUCACAGCAGUAUCAAGAGCAGGGAGACACAGCUGUGACUUUACUUCGCGUACAGGCAGGGAAAAGAAAUGGCAUGGGAUCAAAAAAAUUAAUGCUUCAAUUUCAGAUCAUCGUCACACUGCGAUUUAUGUGAAUACCCUGACAGCUCUAAUCUCAACUAUUUAAUGGGAGAUAAAAAGUUGCACAGACAUGCCUGGCCCUCAGAGGAUACUGCCUGCCAAUGUGGGUAAUUGUUAUCCCCUAUCUUUGUGGCAUCAUGAAAACAACACAAGUGGUUUAAGUGAAAUAUCUACACCUGACAGCUAUGAAUACCUUACAUCUUAGUAAACUGAUUUAUGUUCAUUGUAAUCGUCCCUGGCACCCCCUAAAUUUCCCAGGCGGGCUUAAUUCCAAUUUGUCAAUUCGACAUAAUCCGAGAUAUAGUCAUCUGUUGGUGGAUUUUGCACACUAAACACACAUACCAAGAUUGUCCUGCAGAAAUUCUGCUGGUUUCCAAAGGCCAUAGUUUGGCUGGUCAAAAAGGGGUCAAAUAAAAAAAUUCACAUAUAUAUCCCCUCCUUUGAUCUGACAUCCAGCUCUGGUGCAGCAGCCUUUCCCCUGUUUCUGCAGAACACUAAUUGUAGUACAUGCAUGGGCUUAAAUGGGGUGCGGUCACACAGGACUAAGAAAAAAUAAAAGGCUGGAUCCUUGACAUGUGGGAAUUUGCUUUACCUGGGGUUCAAAAGUUCCUUACCCAGCAGUGAGCUUGUACGUCCUCUAAUCGAGGGAAUAAAUGAAAGGAAGCAGGAUUUUGUGGUCUUGCACUCACACGCACAGACACACACAACCAGUUGAAAGAUUCACAUAGUUGCGUUCAGCUCAAGAAUAUAUCAUGAUACAUUUCUCCACUGGCUGCUGCUGUGGUCUUAUUAUACCUCAGUAUUAGCAGAAGAGAUACCACAGAGUGGUCGCCAAACCAUACGCUUCUACUGAGCCUCCUGACUCUUAUUAUAUGAUGAAUGGGAGACAAAUUUAACCUUAAAUGAUGCUUUAAAAACUGCAGCUCGGACGCUGACAUGACAGCCAGAGAGUUUCAACAUUUCUAGGUUUGUUUUAGACGGAAGUGAAUCAGACAUGGCUGCGGUUGAGUAAACACCCAUCUCCAUGCUGUGCAGUUCCACACGUGUGAUUAAACACUACUUGGCAUUUGAGGAAAAACAAUCGCAGUAUCGGAAAUGACUGUGGUUUACAGCAGAGACGUCAUCAGUGAAAGACUAACAAACAACGCACAAACCACAACAAGCUGUUUCUACUUUUAACACUGACGGGGUUUGACAGAGGUCGCUGGAAAACACAGGACAUGUUUAGCUGACAAAGGCUCAGAGGAGGCUGCUGAGGAGGAGCAGCAGGUAGUGAGGAGGCUGUCACAAACAUGAACACACCGGAGGGCACAGAGCAAGAGAGAGGUACUGUGAGGUCACAUGGGCACAAGAGGUAGUAUGUUUUAAUGCAGACAACACAUGCUAACAAACGCGUGAGUUACUGUAAGAAAAAAUGUACUGAGUAAGAACACCACAUGUGUAGCUAAUAACAUGCUGACUUUGUUCUAUUUCAGUGUCCCACUGAGACAGCGUGGGCAAUACCGCAAUCAUGACACUGAAGCCGCUUAAUGGAUUUCAGAUGUCAUUCAUUUUAUUGUUUACAUUUGUGCUUUUCCACUGUCAUUUCUACAGUAUAAAUCAACAUUAACUGUCUUUGGGGGUGUCGGUGAAAUAUCUUCCAAAUCAAACUAUUCCCCUUUUUUGUUUGUUUUGUACUGUAUAAUCAACCAUGCACCGGCCAUAAUUUGUAUUCUGUUGUGUUACUGUUUUAAUGUGAACCGACCAUAGACUGUAUAUACUAUGGACAACUUGGCUCCGCCUUCCGCCAGUAUAUGAAUUUGGAGCCGAAUUGCUCUCAGUAUUUCCGGGAUUUUGUCCACUUCCUGGAACCGCCACUAGCGCAGUAGUGUUGUUCGCAUUUGACCACUUGCGCAGUAGUGUUGUACGCAUUCCGCAGGACAGUCACUGUGGUGAACGGCUCAAACAGCAUAUCCCCCCCGUGUGAGCUAUGUAAACUUUGUACGCCCAUAGGCUGUAUCGAGUGUCAAUAAUAGAAAACGUGAUAAAUUGAGAAAAACUAAAGACUAAAAAUAGGGCUUACAAUCUUAAAAUAACUACAUAUCAACAUUGCAAACAAGGGGGAGAAAAAUUUAUAUUCCAUGGAAUUAAUUUCUAAAGUUUGUCCACAAAUACAGAAGGAUUGCUAGAGGAGGCGGGAUUUACGACCUAUACUGCAGCCCGCCACCAGAGGGUGCUGUUCUCAGGGUGGCUUCACCCAGCUAGGAGGCAAACAACGUCCAUUCUAUAUACAGCCUAUGGAACCGACCCUUGUGCCAUGUUAAAAUCAGAGCUUACAAAACCCACAAUGCAACUCAAGCAAUUACUUCCAAGGUUAUGCUUUGAGUGCUUUCUUAUAGGAAAGAAGAAGAGACAAGUAAAGGGUAAAAAAUUCUGCUAGGAUCACCUGUCUUAUCUCCACAGUCCCAAGUGUUUUCAUCUUCAGAGUUGUUAACCUCGUAUUCUUCUCCUCAGAUGCUUCAAAACAUUUUUUUACACAAUUGCACUACAGUAGGUCCCAAAAAAGAUAUUACAACAGGUUUCAUGUGUAAAGUUAAAACCAAGGAGCUGUUCUGUAACUAAAAGUGUAUUUAACUCUAUCUGUUAGUGGAGACCACCUGUAAUAAUAGGGGGUCUCAAUUAUGACCUUUGGAACAGUCUGCCAGGUUGCUCAUCAUCUCUAUCUGCAUAUGUUCUGCAAAACUUUUCAUCCACAUCAUUAGAAGUUUCGAUGAAUGAGUUCUUCUUUCAUCAGAGUAAUUUCAAAACUGAGAUAAACAAAAGUUCUACAAACAGAGGCUUAUUACUUUUACACACUGAAGCCAAUUCACACUGACAAACCAACCAAGACUCUGUUUCCCUCUUCACUAUAAGCAGACCUUGGCUGACUGUGUUAUUAGCUGCAGCUCAUCUUUCAUAGACCUCAGAUCUGAAACAGCGACCAUGCCCUCGCCAGCAUAAGGUGGCGUGUUCAUGGCCGGGCCUUGCUGUUUGUUUACAUCUCUGCUUAAGUGCGGUCUGCGAGCCGGGCCUGGCAUCACAGUGUGUUCUCAACAGGACAGAAGUGAACUACACUGUCCUGACGUCUUUAUUUCACAUUCAAGUCAAGCCAAGGUUUUUCCAUCGUCUGACGAGAUGGCUUUGCAUGUUAGCGGCUUAGUGUUUGUAUGGAUUUAAUGCCAGAGCCCUUCAUCUGCAGCCAUGUUUAAAACUAACAGAGAGAAAACAGAGAGCAAUAAUGACAACAUGACACACAGACACAUUCACCACAGAGUAACAUCUGCUACUUUCGUUAAACAUCUAUGAUUACAAAACUAUAUUCAGAGUCUUAGUGUGACCCAGUGGCUCCAUAACCUUUGACUUUUGACAACAGAUGUGAUUCAAGUCUGAGAGAGUCAAUAAAAUACUGAAAAUACUCUGAAAAAUUCCUUAAAAUAGUAAAAGGCAUGCAUACUAUUUAUCUGAAUCUGCGUGGAGGUGAUGUUAAAAAGAAACACUGAGAACGGCUGGACUUCUGCUCUUGCUUUGCCUCCAAUAUGUUGCUUGCACAAUAUGCUUGGGCGGUAUUUUAGCCUCAUUUCUUUUUACACAGGCCGGUCCAAAGUGUGUCACACUGUAAACAUUUACAUUUAGUGGGCUGAAUAGAUGUGUAGUGUUUGCGACUGCUUAGUUUUUACAACAGAUCACUGACUAGGACUUCCUCCAGCCUUAGCUCAGUUUCGGGAAAGGUAAUAGAUGUAAUCUCCUCUAUUUGGAUGAACUCUUGUUAACUUUAUACAGAUGCUUAUCAAAGUGAGGUGCAUACUGAAGGAUAACUGGUAUAAUACUGGCACAUGAAGGUCAAUAAUGAAGUUCUGCUUUUUCCCUGCAAAAAUUCGACAUUUAAGUGAUCUUUCGUGGAACUAUUUUCUCAGAUUUCCUUGUAGUGUGAGGUAUGUUGAGAGUGAUACUGCUUGGAAGAUCAUCCAACACAAAUUCUUUGAUUAAACAAAUCAAGUAUUCACUAGCAGAUAUCCUCUUUUGUGGGAAGAAGCCACACACUCUUUGGAUUUUCAUGUAUUAACAAUAUAAAUGAAAAGCAUGAACUUAAAUGGCUUAAAGAAACAGAGGACCAACUGUGGCAUCAAGACAAGUACUUGUCCCCGUAAGAAGAGCACAACAAUCGACUUCUUUGCUACGUGUCCUAACUCUAAGGACAUGUUUGACUGCGAGAGAUUUUUGCUGAUUUCCAGCUUUAAGAGUCAGGGCUCUGGUUUUUUGUGAAAGGAAACUGUUAGCGUGUGAUUUGCCAUGUCAUUUUGUUGCACCACACACACCAUAAAAACCAAACUGUUGAAUCUGUCAUUGUCAUCAUUUUGGUCCUUUCACAUUUGAUCACAUUUGAGAUUUUAAAACUCUUUAUUGUGUUGGGCUAAACAUGAACAUAAGAACACGUAGCAAACAUUUUGUAAGCUGUCGUGCUCUUUGGUUCUUUGUGGCUUUACAGGAUUCACAUGUAUUAGUGACAACACAGCAAAAAUAAAUCUGGCAGAGACAGACAGAAUUCCUCAAGCCAGCCUUAAAUAUGUUUUUAUUUACUGGUAAAAAAAAAAAGAAAAGACAAUAAUAAUCUGCCGAUGUAGAGAGAAAAUUUAAUGUGUUCCAGGAGAAUAAAAACAGGCAGGACAGAGCACCAGUAUCAAAGAAAUGUGAAACUGUUUUUCACUGGAGCUAGAUUUAGUAAUUUGUAGUCAUCAAAGUUCCUAAAACUCGCCCUUUUCACUCUUCUUUGUACCACCACUGAUGGUGGUGUUUGGAUAACUUUAGAAGUAGGCCAUCUUAGCCUAGAUUUAAACAAAUGAAUGAUUAUUCAGCAUUGUUCUAUAACAUUUCUCCCCUGAAUUACAGCCCAUCACACACUCAUAACAUUAACAUGCUCGUGUAGCAUCUCCUGCUCUCUGAUAACUCUUCCUGCCUCUCUGAAACAUGGCACCAAAGUCUAUUUACUCUCUUUCCCAGCGUGACUGUUCACAUUAUUGAGUGCAUGAGUAAACGAUACCAUAGAAUAACACAGUAUGUGUGGGAAUAAAAGAGUGAGAGUUAAAGAGGUGUAGAAAAAGAGAAAGUGAGGGGGGAGGAGUGAGGCGAGCGGUGAGGAGGCUGUGGUGCUGCUGCUGCAUUAAAGUGUCUAAUGACAGAGUACAGAGCUCCGGCCUGCAGGUCUGAGGCAGCCCGACUCUCUGCUCUGUCAUUUCUCGAGACUGGCCCGGCACACUGGAACCCGAACUGAGGCACUGGGACAUACCGCAUGGCUAAAUGAGGAGCAGACGGGGGUGGGGUCUGAUGAUUUGGAAAAAAAGGGGAUGGAGAGGGUGAUAAGGGGCAUUGAAAACAGGUGCAGUGUUGAUAAAAUGAUUCAGAUGCAUUGAUCAACUCAUUUAAGUCUGCAGAAACCACAAAGCUCUGUCUUUAAUUGAUCCCUUUUCUCUGUGAUAUUAGCACUUAAUAGGCCUGAUCAGUUUAUCUGUUACUUGAUGAAAUUAUAGAGAGGCUUUAGGUAUGUCUUCUGCAUUCACUAUGAUGAGUAGCUUUGCCUUAAAGGUCAGAAAAAGUAAGUACUAAGGCAGAUAACCACCAUGUAGACAAGCAAACCUACAUCUAAAGUUAGCUUGCAGCUCUAAGUCAAAUCUGUGCUCGGGUUUUCUUACAUAUUAGGCCCUGAACCUGAGAACUGGACCGAUUCAAAUGUUGAGUUAAUGAUGAACUGAGAUGAAACGAAUCUUUAAGACUGGCUCUGAAGUGAACAUAAGUAUGUGUAUCUUUACUCAAUGUCAUAGCAAUCCAUCCAGGAGAUGUUUCCACUCCAAACCCGAGACCAUAUAUGAGAACCUGAUGUAGCCAGGGUUGAUGUCACCCCUUGGUUUGUGGAGUUUUAAAGCCGCCAGUCUGGCAUUUCGACUGUCGCCAUCUUAAUUUUUCUGCACUAGAAGUGCCCAUGUUUGGAGGACGGAGUGGAUUUAAAUCGUCACAUCUUUUACUCUGAUGAUCAACUGACCAAAGACCAUUAAAAAACAUUAACCAUCAAUAGAACAAUACUGAGAACAUGGCUGAUAAGAAUAAUCACUUUACAGGAGCUUGACUUUGUUCAUAUGUUAGAUUUUAGAGAAUCGGCUGCAUCAGUGGAUUAAUGGACUUUUCUGAGAGCUCUGUACCAUCCAAUGUUCUUACAAGAAAUGCCAAACCCAGCAGCAGGGAGAGCAACCCUCUCUCCUAUUUGAUGUACAUUUAUAAAAGCCAGGGCAGGGAGAGCAGCAGCAAAGACACCGGGGGAAAAGAACAGAGCACAAUUCAUUUGACACAGGUACAAUCAGACUUAGCACGAAAAGGACAAUGUGCCAGCAGAUAUCCUCUACUUAUGUGUGUUUUUUUUAGACUAAAUACCCAUCUACCUGUCUUCACACAUAGACAGACUAUUCAUUUGAGAUAUUUGCUGCAGAAAAGGUGAUAAAGGAUGUUUUCACACCGGAAGUUAAUCACACUGUCCGUCUCCUACCCUUGCCAUCAGUUUUGGACAUCAGGAUAAUUAUACAAUGAUGGUAAAUCUUCAUGUUGAUCGUUUUCUUCUCUGUUCCCUUGGGUCAUAAGGGGACUUCAAUAACAAUUUAACUCUAUUUCAUGACCAGAUUAAAACUUCAAAUAGGAGCUUUAAAAAGAGAAGUCCAUGCAAAGUUUUAGCCCUCAAUCUGUUAGCAUGGGUUCAUAGAUCAUUGUGUUUAUAACUUCGAAGUCUGAUAAAUAAGUAUUAGUCAGUUUAAUUGCUUAGUCCUCACUGAACAAAGCGAAAGCAGAAGCAGGAAGUCCUGAAUCUUCACUGUGACUACCUCUUACUUUUUUCCAUGACACAGUGAGCUAAAUGUUGAAAAUUGCAGUUUAGUAAAUAACUACAAAAACCAGACCAGCAUAGUUUAGCCUUAAAUAUUGUUUACCUAGCUUUGAAGCUGUGUAUUUAAGUCUAAUUGUGUAAAUCAUUGCUCUCGCUUGCUCUGUGUGUGUGUGUGUGUGUGUGUUUUCUGUAUGACUACCACUGGUUGCACAGAAAUGGAGUUUGCUGGAGGAGGGACGGGCGUGGCCCUGCUGGGUAUCCAUUACUCACAGGGGUACUUUGAUGUGGGGUUGCUUAGGAGGGGGGGUUAAUAAUGUAUGAACAGGAGCUGGUGGGGGGGCAGGGCGGGCAUGUCAGGGCAGGUGAGCAGAUUUUACGCUCUCAGAAAAAGUAUUGAGCCUGAGGGGGGUGGGCCUGAAUCACACACACACUCCUCCUCUUUCUUGGAGCUGUACCUCCCAUUCAUCCUGACACACACACAUACACACACACACACACACACACACACACACACACACACACACACACACACACACACACA